AUGCCGCGGCCAGCACCACCUCCUCCACAGAAACCCAUCUUCUGGCCCAUCCAGGGCACCUUUGGCAACCUCAAUGUCGGCGGCUAUGACGGUCCGUGGGCAGACCACCGCAACGCCGGCGGCGGUCUCAGCGUGAUGGACAUUGCCGGGGCGCGCAAGUGGGACUACAGAGACAAGAACCUCGCACACAUUGACGCCAAGAGACGCAUGUCCAAGACGAUGCAGCGCGCUCUCCCCGACAGCGUCCACCAGACGGCCUACGACGACGUCCAGCCCUCGUCAAGCGGAGCGUACGUCAAGCCAUGGCGCUCGAUCGAGGCUGGCAGCGAUCCACGGUACGACAUCUACGUGCCGCCGGCCCCGCCGCCCAGCUUCAACCCGUGGGCUGGGAAGAACCCCGUAGUGGUAGCGACGCAGGAGACGCCCGACGACAGCAUGCGGUACCAGUCCCUCAUGGCGUCGCGGUACGUCAAGCCGACGACGUAUGCCUUUCUCGACAAGUCACGCAGGCCCGCACUGCUGGGUAACACCGCCGAGGGGUCGUUCUACGACCCCGCAGACGCGCCACCGAUCGGAUACCCGCUGGACGGCAAGCGUCCACCCGCGCGGCCCACCGGUCCUAUCAAGUGGUGGGAGUGUCAGGGAGAUGGCAAGAAGAAGAACCGUGGUGGGUGGUGUCUACCAGGCGCUGGAGAGUACGGGACCAAGUGCCAGUUCUGCGGUGCCGAGCUGGCCGGCUUCAUGCGUGUGGGGAGUGCUGGGAAGGGCGUUGGGCCAUUGCCACCAGAGGCCCCGCCCAAGCAUAAAUCGUUGAGGAGGUUUCUUGGGAUGAAGCCCAAAGCGCGUUAG